AUGAGGCUCCGAAAGGCCGCUCGUGUCAUUCUAGUCGGUGCGCCAGGCGUUGGGAAAGGAACCCAGUCAGAGAGACUGCUACAGCGCUUCCCCCAGCUGUCACAUAUCAGUUCCGGUGACCUGUUGCGCAACAACGUCAAGGAACGGACGCCUCUCGGCAUCAAGGUCGAGAGCACGCUGAAGGCCGGUGGGCUUGUCCCCGAUAGUCUCAUCAUCCGCCUCAUCGCCAAUGAGCUCAAUCAGCGAGGUUGGCUCUUCUCGAGCGCAACCCCCGGCGUCAUGACGCUCAACUCCUCGAGCCUAUCGGCAGAGGAGCAAGCGUUUGAAGACGAAGCCGAGCUGGCCACCUUUCUCUCCUCGCCAAUGCAGAGCAAGAGGUACGUCGCGCCACAGCCAUCCGACGACCCUGCCGCCUCGUUCGUUCUCGACGGCUUCCCCCGCACGGCAGCGCAAGCAGACCAGCUGGACACUCUCGUACCAAUCAACCUCGCAGUGAACAUCAAGACCCCGAUCGACGUCAUCCUGGAACGGAUCUCAGGCCGCUGGGUGCACGAGGCUUCGGGGAGGGUGUACAACACGACCUUCAAUGCGCCGAAGGUUCCUGGGGUCGACGAUGUCACAGGGGAGCCCUUGGUGAGGAGAUCCGAUGACGGUGAAGAAAUCUAUCGCACAAGGUUCAAGAAGUUCCAAGAAACCAGCGAGCCUCUGCUCGACCAUUACGCACGCCAGGGUGUGUUGUGGGAGGUCGAGGGCAUGAGCAGCGACGAGAUUAGCCCGAAGCUGUACAAGGAAUUCGAAAGACGCUUUUGCGCAUAA